UACACACCAAUUUUGUUAAACCGUUAUAGCGUUCACUUAUCACUAUAUUUGAUCAUCGCAGUCCAUUAUCAGUGUGAUACUGGACGGAGGAGUUUAAAAGCAUUCUGUAGUGUGUUUUUCGUUUACGUUACCGUGACAAGCACAAUUUGGGGCUGAAAAAUGUCUUCUACUGCAGGUCAGGUUAUCAAAUGUAAGGCGGCGGUUGCCUGGGAACCAAAGAAACCCCUUUCGAUCGAGACGGUCGAGGUUGCACCGCCGAAAGCAGGUGAAGUACGCAUUAAAGUUGCCGCUUCUGGGGUGUGCCAUACUGAUGCCUACACACUCGGAGGUUUCGAUUCCGAAGGGGUAUUCCCGGUGAUACUCGGACAUGAAGGUGCCGGUAUUGUGGAAAGUGUUGGCGAAGGAGUGACCAAGUUCCAGCCGGGAGAUCAUGUGAUUCCGCUGUACAUUCCGCAAUGCUUCGAAUGUCGGUUCUGCAAGAGCCCCAAGACUAACCUUUGCCCAAAGGUGCGUGCUACGCAGGGCAAAGGUCUCAUGACGGAUGGUACCACGCGUUUCAGCUGCAACGGGAAACCCAUCUACCACUUUAUGGGUACGUCCACGUUUUCGGAGUACACUGUGGUUGCCGAGGUGUCGCUGGCGAAGAUCGACGCCAGUGCUCCGCUGGAAAAGGUAUGCCUGCUGGGCUGUGGCAUUCCAACCGGUUAUGGUGCAGCGCUAAAUACAGCCAAGGUGGAACCGGGAAGCUCUUGCGCCGUUUGGGGUCUUGGUGCGGUCGGGUUGGCGGUGGUUAUGGGAUGUAAAGCGGCUGGAGCUACCCGUAUCAUCGGUGUGGACAUCAAUCCGGAAAAGUUCGAAAUCGGUAAACAAUUCGGCUGCACGGAGGUGAUCAAUCCUAAUGACUUCAAGGAACCGAUCCAGCAGGUGCUGAUCGAGAAAACUGACGGCGGGCUCGACUAUACAUUCGAGUGUGUCGGAAACGUGAACACGAUGCGUGCUGCCUUGGAGUCAUGUAUCCGUGGCUGGGGAGUGUCCGUCAUUGUUGGCGUGGCCGAAUCCGGUAAGGAGAUUGCGACUCGUCCCUUCCAGCUGGUCACUGGACGUACAUGGAAAGGAACGGCGUUCGGUGGCUGGAAAAGCGUAGAAAGUGUACCGAAACUGGUUGAUCGAUACCUUCAGAAAGACCUGAAGGUGGACGAGUUCAUCACCCAUACCAUGGAAUUGGAGAAGAUAAACGAGGCAUUCACCUUGAUGCACGAAGGCAAAAGUAUCCGAUCAGUGGUUAAUUUGUAAGUGCUAGCCAGAAAUGGUCGGUGAAAAGCACGUUUCCUGUUUGCUACAGCAUGUUUUCUAAUGUUUAGCACAUAGUGCACAAAGUGGUACAACACGAAUAAAAAUGGGCUGGUUUUUCUAGAAAAAUA